AUGAGUGCCAGAAAAGCUGUCAACUUCAGGCAAGUUGGAAGGAAAAUAGUGGGGGCGGCCAGGACGUACAAGGAGCAUGCUGUUGAGUUAAAUAAUCCAAUUCCGUCAGAACCACUGAUUUUUCUGAAACCUACUAGUUCUUACAUUGAACAAGGUCAAUCCAUUAUUAUACCAAAAGAUACACUAGAAUUGCAUCAUGAGGUGGAGCUUGGUGUGGUUAUUGACAAACCAGGUAAAAAUAUACCAGAAGCUUCAGCUGCUGGUCACAUAGGUGGCUAUGUACUUGCUCUAGAUAUGACAAACAGAACAGAGCAAUCAAAAGCCAAGAAAGCUGGUCAUUCAUGGUGUAUUGCAAAGGGGUUUGAUACUGCUUGCCCUGUCAGCAGAUUCAUUUAUAAAGAUGAAAUCAAAGAUUUUCAAAACGUUAGUCUUAAGCUGAAAGUUAAUGGAAUACUGAAGCAAGAUGGAAACACAAAGGACAUGAUAUUUUCCAUUCCGUUUUUGAUAUCUUGGAUUAGUUGUAGAAUGUCUUUAGAACAUGGAGAUUUAAUACUGACUGGAACCCCUCCUGGUGUUGGACCUGUUUCAGCAGGGGAUACAAUUGAGUGCUCUCUAAAUGAUCUCAUAUGCAUGUCGUUUGACGUUAAGUCUGAAAAUAUGGUGUAA